UGUGUGUUAUUUAAAGUUUUAUCAUAUCAAGUUAAUUUUAGAGUGUUAAAUGUUGUAACUAUAUCUGAUGACUGUUUGAUAAAACAUUUAUGUAAACACAAACUUAUCUACGCAUAUUAUAUCUGGCCCGACAAUUAAUAAAGAUAUUUGGUUGGGCAAAACAUUGUAUUUGAUAAAAUGUAUUGCUGGUCGGUGUACUUAAUAGUGAAUGUACGAAGACACAGGCGUUCUGCAGAAUGAAUGGAUACAUGUUUCUAACAUUAUGAGAAUCUAACAGAUAUAUAUGCAGACGGGCUAAACUAUGGAGACUGCAUCUAAAGAUGGCGAUACUGUGCACUUCAAAUGCUCUGAGUCUGUGAUCACGUGUCAGAUAUGCAUGGACAUUUUCGAAAGUCCAAGAAUUCUACCAUGUCAACAUACCUUUUGUAAGAAAUGCGUGGUUUCGCUUUUAAACAAACACUGUUUAGAUAAUGAAGGAAACACGAAAAAAACCGCCUUCCCGUGUCCAAACUGUAGAAGAGAAUGUAAAAUACGUGGUCGAAAAGGAAAACACAGCAUUGAAGAACACUUAAAAUGUUUCCCGGAAAGUUUAUUGCUUAAAACAUUUUUAGACUCGAUUGAUGAAAAUUCCAGCUGCGAAAAGGAUAAACAGUGGUGUAAAUUAGACAAAGAAAAUGAUCUUCCCGAAUUGGUUAGUAACGCAAAUGAUGGAUAUAGUGAUAGAAUGUAUAUUUCAUGGCGGGCUGCACGGGUAAUAGAAGAACGUUUAUGGUUUUACUAUUUGUUCAUAAGCACGCUGUCCAGGUUUUUAUUUCAGGCGCAGGUUUAUUUUUUUGGUUCACUUAAUACUCUAAGCAGAUCAGAAUUAUUAAAGCUCAUACAAGAGUUACUUAAAAUACCAACAAUCAUAAAUAAUCCGGAUUUGCAUCAGUAUCAUGUGAAGAAAUAUUUUGAUUCCUCUGACAUUGACACAACUCUUAAAAAUAUCCGCAAACAAGAAAGGAGUAUGAAUACAGCUAUUGGUAGGUUAAGGCAAACUGUAAAUGUGGACACUCGGCGUACGUUCAGAGAUGCACAGACACAAACUGAAAGUAGAUUUAGUAAAUUCUUGAGACGUUAUAGACAUAUUAAAUAUAAGUUGCAGGGAUUUAUAUCUUUUAUUCUUAUAAAAAACACAUCUUUUGUUUUAUGUUUAUAUGAGUAUCUAAUACCUCUUCCAUUUAAUUUCAAGGUAAUUGACUUUGGCCUUUCUUUUACCAUUCCCUAUAGAAAAAUAAGGUAUUGGCUGCUGUUGUUAAAAUUGUUCGACAUCUUAACUUUGAUAUACUUUUCUGGUCAUUCAUUUUAUUGGUCUAUAACACUUUUGAUUAUUUGUUAUGUCCUUCUUCUGAUAUUCUUCAAGCGAAUAAAAUGCUAUGUCGAUGGUGGCAUUUACAUUGGUAAAAUGUUACCUCUCUUUGCGACAUUUCUCAUCAGUUUAAACUUAUUGACAAACCUGACGAGAUGUUACGUGUAUUGCUUCGCUAUAAGACGUCUAGAAAUUUGGAUGUUGAUUAAACUGGCCUUUUUUAAAAUUAUGCCAGAAGUAACCGUUGUUGUAAGUCUGUUAGUGCUAAUCCAUUACAGAAAGCAACAUCUUUUUUACCAGUAUGGCCCUUUUAUCAAUUUGCAUCUAUAAUUGACAUUAUUGUUCUGUUAUUAAAGCAAAAAUGAUAAUAAAUGAAAAAGGAAACUGCAAUGCCACUAUAGGACAUUCUAUCGUAUCUUUGAGAUUUUUGUUUUAUUUCAAGAUGGGCUACAAUUAUAAUACUAAGCACUCUCAUUUUAGGUUUUCGACUUCUUGUGCAGAAAUGUAAUUCAGGUUCUCUAAAACACCAAUGAGAUCAGCAUUAGUAAAUCUUCUAAAAGAGUUACUUUGAAUUCCCAGCAUUAUAUACAACUCGUCUUAUACGAAGACCUAUUUUAGUGGACAGGUUAACGAUAUAUGUAUAAAUUUGUUUACAAACCUGAGGAGCCCGCCCACUUAUCUCAAUAGGGAGAGCGCAGAUCUACGGAUCGCGGGGUCAUGAGUUCGAUAUUCGGACUGAUUCAUGUUGGGAAGUUGACAGUUACUUACGGAGAACAGGUUUGUUCUGGUACAGAAUCUAUGAACACUGGUUAGGUUAACUGCCCUUGUUCUGUUACUGAAAUACUGUUAAAACAUAUACAGCUGGACAUAUGGCCUCUAACGAAAGUGUUCUGUUUGGAAAUUAUUAAAUUGCCUUUUGAGUAUUUCUAGUUGUAAUUGAACGUCAAUAUAGAAUUGCUAUAAACUACAGUGGGGUAUUUUAUUUACAAAAAUAAUGCAAUUAAAUAUCCGGAUAGAUUACCUUCACUCGUUUCGGGUGCCCAUUUUAAGAUGUUUAAAAUGAUAUAUUUUGCUAAUGUUAUGCCUUGGCUGAAAUAUGAUAUAUACAUACUAAAUAGCUGACCUUUUUAAGGUAUAGGUCCAUGUUUCGAAGAAAAACAUUCGAACGUCAUCAAGUCAUAGAAAGCAAGUAUUGUUUUACAUGAAAAUUUAACAGCAUAUAAAACAUUUAUAUUAUUCUACAAAACCAUUGUCAAUUUACUCAUAUAUGAAUUGAAUUCCGGAAAGGGACUGCGUGAAGGGGCCACACUUCUGGACAGUUCAGCGCCUUUAAAAACUCACCAUUUUUAAAAAGCUGUUAUAUAUCUUCGUUUUGAUGCAUUUGCAACAUCGUGCGAGUGUUUAAACUUUACAUAAAUAGGUAAAACAUCGUUUUUGACAAUUGUUUACAUUUAUUUCUUUACAAAUGGCAUUGUUAUUUAAAGGGGAACAACUCAUUUGGAAUAUUUUAAGUAGCCAACUCUGUGGGACAGAACAGUUUAACAUGUAUUGGACAGAUAAGUUGUGUCUCAAGAUGCUGUUCAUUUACUAAAAAAAAAAAUAUGUUGUUUUGUGAUAUACUGCUAAACCUUAACUCCAUAUAUGAUUAACAAUCACCCAAGGGCUGGAGUUACACACCAGGACCGCCUUAAAUGUCUUUAACCUUCAGUUUCUUCAUGGACAUUGUCAGUGUCAAGGACAAAUCAAUAGAAAUAAGAGGUCAAACACGAUAAAGCAGUAACAAGUUCUACAAAAUUAGUACAACGCAAAAUCGUAUGAAAAUUGAGACCCAGACAUGUAUUGAUGGUUUAUGAAAGAAGUACGAGCUAUUUCUUCAUAUUGAUGACAAUGCUAUUUUUUUAUCUACAGUUUGUGAAAUUAGAACACAUUAUUGGCUAAAUUUUCAGUCUUGUGAAUUGUUUUAAUUCAUCCAUUUAAAUAUUUAAAUUUCAUGUUAAAGUUCACUUAUAAUUGUAAUUUAUAUCUAUACAUUUUGAUUAAUUAUCAUACAAAGAAUUCAGGAUUUAGUUUUAUCAAUAGAUUUAGUCAUAAGCAAUAAGGUAUACAUCAUAAGUUUUAUUUUCUUGGUAUCAUUGUACGUCAUUAUACGAGGUGCAUUGGUUAUAAAAACCUGUUAAUUUUAACUUGAUUUAUGUUAACUGAAAAUAUUUUUAUAGGAACAUGAUUUGUUAGUAACUUUAAGCGCUUUUUGUUUAACUUUAUGUGUACAUUUUUAGUUCCCAGUUUAUAGUUUGAUCUAGUAUCGAAUACUUGUAAAACGUUUACAUGUACUUAUACAUACUCGUCAAGAUCCUUGAAUUAAAAUCUAUAGGUCAUAUUCCUUUGGCUACUCCGAAGAUUUUGCACACACUGCAAGUCAAUGGAGUAAUGAAGAGUAGUGUUCCGGAAUGUUAUAACGUUGUGCGGACUGUUCUAAAUAAAACCAGGUGCAGACAGAACAGUCCCAUGAUAAUAUUUACAACAAUAGAAAGCAGGUAUUUGUUCCUAUCAGCUAUGGAUAAUCUCAAUAGUGCUUGGUACCAGAGCAGAACAGUGUACAAUUUUCUCCUUUGACAACAAUUAGAAGAUUACUCUAGAAUUUCUUGAACACUGCUAUUGGAAGUCAAUGGAAUAUGACCUAGUUUAUAUCUAAUUAGUUACAAGUAUGCGGUACAAGAUUAAAGUAUAGCUAGUUCCCGCAUUUCAAGCUGCAGCUUAAACAUUUGCCCCUUAUAGUAUAUCUACUUUCAGAAGCUUUGAUUUUUGUUAAGAAAAAAAUAAGCUCUACUGUAAAGGUGACAAUUCUAAACAAUGAUGAUGACUGAAUACAUAAAAUAAUCUGUUUUCAUAUAUUGUACUUUGCGAAUAAAAAUGUCUUUGCUUGC